AUGCUCCACAAGCGCAAGCAAUCACAGGACACGCUCAGCAGCUUUGGCUCCCUCACCAUCCAGCCGGCCACGGCCAACGCGCGGCAACAUGGGCGUAACGGCUCGCUUUCGUCCCCGCUCCCCAGCCCCGGCCUGCCGCCGACCGCAACCCCCAGCCACGCGGUCGAGGACGGCGGCAGCAUCAAGCUCCACCCCGAGUUCCAGCAGGAGGGCAAUGUGCUCCUUGCGUGCAAGGACGCCAAGCACCAGGUCGGGUUCACGGUGAACGGCAAUCUGAUUGCUGCGGUAUGCCCAACCUUCCGCGACCUCCUCACGACGUUCAAGUCUGGCCCGGCGAUCGUGUGGCUGGACGACUCGGUCGACGACAUCCGCAUCUUCCUCCGGCUGUUUGGCCUCGCAACACCAGUAAAGGGCGGCAUGUGGGAGAAGAGCUGGGAGCCAACGCUGUACGACUACGUGGCGUCGCUGCGCGUGGUGGAGAAGUACGACAUGGUGCUGCUGCGCGACGUGCUGCACAACAAGGUGUCGACGCUGCCCGACGAGUUUGUCGACAACAUGGGCCACAGCAAGAACGAGGUGUUUGCCAUCCUCCAUCUCGCGCAUGUGCUCCAGAGCCGCCCGCUGUGGGAGAACAUCUGCUCGCAUAUGGGCCGCUGGAGGAAUACCCUCGACCUGCACCGGCUCAAGGACGACGAGGUCGAGUGGCUCGGGCCCGAGCUGCACGCCAUACUCAUCGCCAUUGCAGCCAUGAGCAUGGGCAGCUACCCGUACGCCGACACGCAUAACAUCCGGGUGCACUAUGACCACGAUGGCAAGGCGAGCGUCGUCUACGCCGACUACCAGAAGAACAAGUGCCCAAACUGCAAGCACCACUGA